AUGGCAUCGGACAACAACCCUGUGAUCUAUGACUACUCUCCUUACUUUCUCGUCUACAAAGACGGCUCUGUCAAGCGGCUCAAGGCGGAGGAGCAAACGCCGCCCGGCCUCGACCCCCUCACUAACGUCGACUCCAAGGAUAUCCGCAUUUCCGUCGAUGUCUCCGCCCGCAUCUAUCUUCCUCCCAUCAAUAUCAACUUUACUAGCACAAAGCUCUCCCUCAUCCUCUACUUUCGCGGCGGCGGCUUCUGCAUAUUCUCUUAUGCCUCCCCCAUCGUCCACCGCCAUCUCAAUGGCCUCGCGGCUGUGUCCUCUUCUAUCAUCCUCUCCGUCGACUACCGUCGCGCACCGGAACACCAUAUCCCUAUGCAAUAUGAUGAUUGUUGGGCUGCUCUCGAAUGGGUCGCAUCCCAUCGUAGCGACGCCGAACCGUGGCUCCUCGAUCAUGCUGACUAUGACAGAGUCUACUUAGCCGGCGACAGUGCCGGCGGCAACAUCGUGCACAACCUGGCUAUGCGAGUUGGGUCUCAAGGGCUGAUCUCCAGUUAUAGCUUGAAGCUAGCGGGGACGAUACUACUAGAUCCUUACUUCUGGGGGAAAAAUCUGACAGCCUCAGAGAAAGCAGCCGAUCCAGUAUUAAGGAAGAAGUUGGACCAACUGUGGGGAAUGAUUUGCCCAGAGUCGACGGCCGGGAAUGACGACCCGCGCGUGAAUCCCUUGGCGGCGGGAGCGCCGAGUUUGGCAGAUCUGGGGUGCACGUGA